AUGCUUUUUCAGGAUGAAUAUUACUCAGAUGACACAAAUUCUACUGAUAAGAAUGAAAAACCACGGGUGUGCGUUUCGAAGGGAGACAUAGUUUUUCUACUAGAUGAGUCUGGCAGUAUCGGAUCGCUAAACUUUGAACGAAUCAAGACAUUCGUCAGCUCCGUUGUAGGUCACUUCAAAGUAGGAAACAAUUCAAAUCAAUUCAGUGUAGUCAACUUUGCGUCCUCUUCUAGAGAAAUAUUUCCACUCAACAGAUAUCACACAGUAUCUGGCCUUCAAUCUGCUAUAACUUCCAUUUCAUUCAACAGCGGGGGAACGAGCAUAGGAAGUGCCCUUGAUUAUGCCCGAAUGUAUUCCUUUAAUUCUUCCAGCGGAGCAAGAAAUGAUUCGGCAAAAAUUGUUGUUCUGAUCACCGAUGGACAAAGUUCCCUGUCCAACCAGCCCGACCAACUAAAAGCAAUCGGGGUCACGAUAUUCUGUGUCGGGGUAGGAACUGGAAUAAAUUCAGCUGUUCUAAGAUCAGUAGCCACGCACAACGACUACACGUAUUUGACAACAUUUGAUCUACUACCACUGUUAACGAAUGAAUUGUCGAAAGGGACCUGCGCCGAUGACAUUAACGAUUGCUUAAGUGAGCCUUGUCUUAAUGGUGGGACAUGCGAAGAUCAGUUCGGGAAUUAUGUGUGUCACUGUCUGGCCGGAAAUACAGACCCUAACUGCUAUGUCCCGGGCCUACCAAAUGUAACGUUAGGAAACAGUCUUACAGUAUAUGUUGGAUCGUCCGCCAUACUCAAUUGUUACGUGUCAAGCACGACAACUGUGUCUUUUGUUACAUGGCACUACCAGAAAAACGGCGUCACAACCAUCAUAAAUACUGGUAAUACAACUAAAUAUAGCGGCGGCACUGUAGGGACACCCUCUCUUACCGUAAAAAACGUGAAGGUUGAAGAUAUAGGAAACUAUAGAUGUUUGGCUCAAAACUCAGCAGGAAUAGGUCAAAGUGCAUCAAUGAUAUUUCUUGACUUGCGACGAGGUUAUCCUGUUUUAUCAACGGUAACCACAAAUUACGCCGUCAACGCUAGCGAUAGUGUGUCCCUGUCGUGCAAUUUUUCCUCCAGUUAUCCUCCCGUGGUUGAAGUUAGUUGGUACAAAGAUGAUGUAGCAAUCGAUCCAGUGCAGAAUGGCAAACUCUCUGGCGGAACAAUUAAUUCUCCAAACCUCAACAUAACGAAUUUCCAGCGAGAAGAUCAAGGUUUUUAUCACUGUUCUGUGUAUAAUCACUAUGGAUCCAGGAAUAGCUCGGACAUCGCAGUAUACUUAUUUGGAGAUGCACCUGCAGUACUAGUGGGAUCAAACAUCACCACGGGACUUAGCUACACCGUCACUAUUCCUUGUCAAGUGUUCGGUUUCGGUGUCACUAGUGUUUCCUGGAGAGUGCAACUCCAGGGUCAGGAAAACGAAACGGAAAUAGACGUAUCCUCAUCUAAAUAUUAUGGGUCUACUACAUAUUACCCGUCUUUAAGAGUUUACAGUUUCAGUCCAUCCGACAUUGGUAACUACAGAUGUUAUGCAAACAAUUCAAACGGUAUUGGUUACAGCACACCAGUCAAUGUAAACAUAGUUGGGCGUUACAUUGUUCUGAACUCAACCAGCUACACUGUCAACAAGAAUGAUGAUGUCAUACUUUCCGUAUAUGUUUAUGCCAACCCCGAUCUUUUAAGUAUGUCGUGGCAGAGAAGUUCUUCCUACUACAACUUUAAUGACGUGAAUAUGACAUCAGAUGGCAAAUACGACGGUGGUUCACUUGAUUCUCCGUCUCUCAUCAUUCGUAACGUCAGCAUGGAGGAUAAUGGGUAUUACCGUCUAAAUGUGUCUAACGCUGACGGCACAACUAUAAGUUCGAGCAUUUACAUGAAUGUUAAUAUUCGCUUACCUAUUAUAACAACGCAGCAGAAAUACUUUUACAACAUCUAUUCGGAAACUAAUCUCACAUUUGAGGUUAAUAUCACAUCCGAGUUACCAUUGGUGUCGGUCAGUUGGGAGAAACGCAGCAAUUACCCAUACACAUAUACCUUAAUUGAUACAACAGACAGCAGAUUCUCUGGUGGUUUAAUCAACGACCCCUCGCUGACUUUUAACAGUGUCCGUGGGGUAGAUGCUGGAUAUUUUAGGUUCAACGCAACAAAUAUAGACGGUACAACGAGCAUAACAUUCUAUUUGGGUUUAAAUCUCCGACGCCCGUCAGUUACUACUGGAACAAGGAAUUUCUACGUGAAUUCUGGUGAAAAUGUUACAUUUGAAGUCAAUAUUACCUCAUUGUCAACUUUAUUAUCGGUAAAAUGGGAAAAACUCAAUUUCUCCUACUAUACACUUAAUACGACCGAUAACGAAAGAUUUGAUGGAGGCCAAUUGGGAUCACCUGAUUUUGUAAUAAAAAAUGUAAUGGUUACAGACAACGGAUAUUACAGGUGUGCAGUGGAAAACAGCGACGGUGUUACAUAUAGCUCUAGUUUCUAUUUGUUAGUCACUGCGAGACGCCCGUCUGUUACUACUGGAACAAGGAAUUUGUACGUGAAUUCUGGUGGAAAUGUCACAUUUGAAGUCAACAUUACAUCGUUUACUACUUUAUUAUCAAUAAAAUGGGAAAAACGAAAUUCCUCCUACCCAUACAAUUACUAUACACUUAAUACGACCGUUGACCAAAGAUUUUAUGGAGGCCAAUUUGGAUCACCUGAUUUUGUAAUAAAAAAUGUAUUGGUUACAGACAGCGGACACUAUAGGUGUGCAGUUGAAAACAUCGACGGUGUUACAUAUAGCUCAAGCUUCUAUUUAUCAGUCACUCCAAGGCUUCCGUCAAUAUCAACAGGGACAAGGUUUUUCUACAUCGACAGAGGAACGAACAUAACACUUUCACUCAGUUACACAUCCGUUCUUAAGGUCACUUCAGUAAUUUGGGAGAAAAGAAAUUCAUCAGUAUCCACUUUUGAACCAAUCGAUGUAGUGAACGACGGAAGAUAUAUCGGUGGAACCAUUGACUCACCAUCAUUAAAUAUUACUGGUAUAUCGUUGGAGGACGAUUACACGUAUUAUCGAUGUAAGGUUUCAAAUAUUGAUGGAGAUAGGUACAGCAGCCAGUUCGGAAUAUCUAUUAAGCGAUACCGACCAUCCAUCUCACUAUCCUCGAGGUAUUAUGUUUAUACAGGAGAAAACGUCACGAUGCAGACAAGUAUCAUAUCCUCCUUGAACAUCACAGAUGUCACUUGGGAGAGAAGGAACAUCAGUACAUUUAUAUACGAAAUAAUCGAUGUAUCGUCAGAUAAUCGAUAUUCCGGCGGCGAUAUUAAUUCCCCAUCGCUGACUAUAGCAGAUAUUACUGUAAAUGAUGAGACGUAUUACCGUGUUAGCGCCACAAACGACGAUGGCACAACAACGAGUGCAGUUUACAUUGAUGUCUUGUUACGUCCACCAUCCAUUUUACUAAAAUCUAGUUAUAGUAUUAAUUCCGGUGAAAACCUUACUCUUGAAACAAACAUCACAUCCGUCCUGCCUAUCACUAACGUGACGUGGGAAAGAAGAAACACAAGCACAAACGUCUACGAACUUAUCAACAUACUGUCUAAUAAUCGUUAUACUGGUGGAGAAAUUCUAUCACCAUCCUUGACGAUUAUACAUGUUGAUCUGACGGACGAAACUCAUUAUCGUGUAAGAGCUACAAACAACGAUGGGGCAACAACGAGAACAGUUUACGUCGACGUCGUUCCACGUCUUCCAAAUAUUUUAGAGGGUACAACAUCAUUUGUCUCAUGGAGAUGGGUUAAUAUUACACUCGAUAUCAAUGUAACUUCAUAUCUUCCCUUAUUCUCGGUUUCAUGGGAAUAUACGAUGAACUCUCAUUUGAAUAAUACGUAUGCACCGCUUAAUAUUACGUCCGUUUCGAAAUACUCAGGAGGAACAUUGUCAUCUCCAUCUCUGACAAUAAAAAAUGUGACCAACAAUGACAACGGGUUUUAUAGAUGUGCAGUGUCAAAUCGUGAUGGAACAACAACAAGCUCUUCCUUUAAUAUAAGAAUUGAAACUACCCUUCCAGAUAUAUCAGUUGGGAAAACGUCCAUUACAGUCAAAACAAGGGCUAACGCAACCCUCCAUGUCAAUUACACUUCCGGACCGGAAAUGAAGUCGGUCACCUGGGAGAAACGAAGUAUAACCUAUCCCUUUACAUUUUAUACAGUAAAUAUUACCGACAAUGAUCGAUACAAUGGCGGCUCCAUCGAUAGACCAUAUCUGGAAAUAGUCCAUGCGAUGGUGGAGGACAGUGGUUAUUAUCGAUGUAACGUCAUCAACAACGAUGGAAUGUCAACAACUCCUUUAUUUAACAUCAGUGUUCAAAAACAACUUGCAACUUUAACUGUACCUGUCACAUCAUACACAGUAAAUAAAGGUGGCAAUCUUACCUUGUCCGUGAUGCUAUCUGAAACAGAGAAUAACUCAACAAUAGUAUGGGAGAAGCAAGGUAUUGAUGAUUCGUCGUUCACUGAAAUCGACAUAUCAUCGAACAAUAAGUUCGAAGGGGGUUCGAUUGCAACUCCUUCUUUAUCUAUAUUUAACAUCACUAACGACGACUCAGGAUAUUAUCGAUGUAAGGUCACUAACAUAGAUGGAACAACAACUAGCACAUCAAUACAAGUCAGCUUAGAAACUUCCUCCGAAGAAUCUAGUUGUGAUAAGCUGAGCUGCGGGGGUCUUAGAGAAUGUGUAUAUCAUAACAACAAACCCACAUGUUCUGUGGUCACGUGGAAAGCAGCGGCUGCUGGUGUUGCUGGUGCUGUAGGGGCAGUUGCCACAUUUGGUGUUGGUGUGGCUGCAAUGAAGUCUCUUGCAGCUGCCAAGUCGGUAAGUCCAAUGAAUAUAACCAGUCCUGGAAAUUCUCAAGCCCCAAAUACGAACUCAAAAGCGGAAAACUCAAAGACUGAAAAUGAAAAGAGAAAACAGAACAAGGAGAAUAAUAGAAACCAAAAGGAGACACAAGAAAACUGCCGUAACAGUGAACAUGAUAUGCCAGAGCCACAGUACACAGGCCAGGGCGAAGGAGUCAUCUCCUCAAUGCCCCCACCCGGCACGUAGUUCACGAAGGUUAUCAUCAGAUAUUAUCAAAAAAUGAAUUUACUUACAACAGAACAACCGGCUAAAGGACCAUAGGAUAGACCUAAUCUAGUGAUCGUAGUUAUUUUUUAAGAUAAAUUAUAUGGAAUUUUUUUUUAUGAAGGAUACCCCUAGACUUCCAUAUAGUGGUUUUUUGUGAGCAUUCACUUUAUAUUAUGUAUAAAAAAAUAUUAGUAAAUUAUUAAUUUGUAACACGUAAUUCUCAC